UUAUAUAAUCUGUUGCAAUUUUAUAACGUCAAAAUUGUCAAAUAUCAGAUGUUCAUCUUGUUGGGUAAUCACAUGAAAACAUUUAUUUUCGUUGCUUGAAGAAAAAGAAAGGAACCAUGUUUAAAGCAUUAAGUGCCACGACAAGGUUGUCUAGAACAGCCCUGUCCAGGUCUUUACCUUCUUUCUCAACUUCAUCCACACGCCCAACCACUGGGGACCCGUUUAGCAAAAAAGAGGCUCCAAUUAUUGAUAAUGAAACCGUGCUUGCUCUUCCUGAAGAAAUCAAAGAGAAGACUGUCCAUGAUGCCACUAUAACAGUAUCAACCAAGGUUGAUGUUUCACCUAUAACUGGCGUUCCUGAAGAACAUAUCAAAAAUCGACGAGUUCGUAUUUAUCAACAGGCGAAAAAUGCAAUGCAAAGUGGUACCAGUAACACUCAUCACUGGGAAAUGGAAUUUGACACACGUCAAAGAUGGGAAAACCCCCUGAUGGGCUGGACUUCUACUGGUGAUCCAUUGUCUAACAUGAAAAUACAAUUCGCAACACCCGACGAAGCUAUAGAACACUGUGAAAAGAAUGGCCUGAUCUGGUACUUGGAUGUUCCUAAGGUGAAAAAAGAGUUAAAACCUAAGAACUAUGGAGUAAAUUUCUCAUGGAAUCGUCGUACCAGAGUAUCAACCAAGUAGAUUAUCGAGCCCAGAAUAGCAAUAUUUAAUUUUAUUUGUAGACAUGUUACAAAAGUCAUUUAAGUUGAAAGCUUGACUAAAAUUACUGGUGUAAAAUCUUUACUAUUGUUAAAAUGUAAUUAGUUUCAUUGAUUAAACAUCCUCAAAAGCAAAUUA